AUGCGCCGAUAUACUGACGUGAGUCACGUCGACAAUGUAUUCUUAUCAUUUUGUGGAUCUCAAGAAUUAGCUGCUCAGCACGUUUACGCGAUUCCUCAAGUCAGUUCUGUACAUACAAAAGGAGACUGUCUGAAGAUUGAGGCUCGCACAUUAAAUAGACGGCUGUUGAUUGCCUUCCAACAAGAUAUCACUUCUUCAUCUGAAAUAGUCCUGUUAAUAUCUGCUCCAACUGUCGCCGAGCAACCAGUUUACUUGAGAAGUCGUCAUCAUCAUCGAAUAUUCGUAGAGGCAACCCAAAUAUCUCGGUUGAACAUUACAACUGCACCAUGUAUUAGCGAUUACUCGGAGCUCCUGUGGAUUCAGCAGGGACGGAUCCUACUUGAAAAUUCGGAACUGUAUACAGUGCAG